GUUCCGUCUUGAGCUUGUCCCUCAAUCACCAUCGCUAUCCACGAAAUAGACUCGUAUAACCAACCACACCAUCGUCUUUGAACAUCGCGUCAACAUGUCCGACAAGGAUGUCCUGCUCCAGAUGGGUUUCGACCCCGCUCGCGUCGAAUGGGCAAUCAAGGCGACCGGAGGACGCGGCCUGCAGCCCGCCAUGGACCAUAUCCUCGAGAACGAGGGCAAGCCCGUGCCUGAUCUCUCGUCCGUGUCGUCGUCCAGCGCGUCGAGCGGGCCGGGCGCAGAGAGCACGGGCCAGGCGAUCGAUGAAAACGACGAGGAUAUGGAGGCACUGAAGGCAGUCUAUGGGUCCGCCGGCGCAGGCGCCGCUGCAGUUGCUGAUGUCGAAGCCAAGAGCAUCAAGUGUUCUGUGUGUGGCAAAAUCUUCAAGAACACCGCACUGGCAAACUAUCACGCCGAGAAAAGCGGGCACGAUCAGUUCGAGGAGUCGACCGAGGAGAUCAAGCCAUUGACGGAAGAAGAGAAGAAGCAGAAGCUUGCUGAGCUGCGAGAGAAGAUGUCAGAGAAGCGGGCCGUGAAGGCACAGCAGGAGGCCCGAGAGAAUCUUGCAAACGAAACCAUCCGGAGGAAGGCUGGGAAGGACAUGAACGAACUCCGUGAAGAGAUUCGGGCCAAGGAGAUGAAGAAGGAAGCAGAGGCGAAACGACGCGAGAAAGUGGAAGACGCAAAGGCGCGCGCAGCCAUCAAGGCGCAGAUCGAAGCCGACAAGCGUGAGCGCGCCGCAAAGGCCGCCCGCGAGAAGGCGCUGCGCGAGGGGAAGCCACUACCAGGCAGCUCCACGCCCAGCACCGCCGCGGCGCCUGCAGUGGCGGCACCGAAGGCAGCUUCAAAGGACUACGCGGAGACGCGCCUUCAGAUCCGCAUGGCAAGCGGUGGCCAGCCGUACACGACUACGCUGCCCAGCGACUCGACGUUGCGUGCGGUGGCCGAGUUUCUAGCAGGGCAGACGCUGGCGGUGGACGUAGAGACCGUAACCUUUGCUCAGCACUUCCCGAGGAAAACGUUCACUCGCGACGACUUCUCACGCACACUACGCGAUCUGGGGCUGACACCAUCAGCGGUGUUGAUUGCGUCGUAGUCGGGCGUCUAAGCGCACCUUGUCGAUCGUGUUGUAGUCAGAGGUCGCACGAGAGUGUAUCUGUACGCUGUACUGCUAUGUAACCACGCAACAGAGUUCUCUGUCAAAUCCAA